UUUUUUUUUUUUUACAAAGGCGACCUGAGAUCAGCCAUUACUUUCCUUGGCUCGCUUAUAGGAAUCUUACAUUUGGGGCUUGCCGCUGGUGGUGGUGGAACCGCACUCGGAUUCUUUCAUCCCCCCCCACCCCCUUGCUGUCCUCUCCUCCCUCCCUUUCUCCUUCCCUCUCUCCCUCCCUCCCUCCCCCGUUAUUCCGCCGGGGGAGCCGGAUUUGUGGCUGCGGUGGGGCGGGGGGGGACGAGAGCGAGAGGGAGAGCCGGCGAGAGACAUGGAUGGCCCGGCGCGAUGCAACGGGCUUCGGAAGAAGCGGCGAUCGCGGUCCCAGCGCGACCGGGAGCGGCGAGCCAAAGGCGGGCGGCGCGGCUCUGCCGCCGGAGGGGCCGCCGGCCCCGGGGCCGCCGCCGCGCUCUCCUCCUCGGGCUCGGAGAAGGAAGACAAUGGGCCCCCGCCGCCGUCCCGGCCGCGGCCCCCCCGGAGGAAGCGGCGGGAGUCCUCCUCGGCCGAAGAGGACAUUAUCGACGGUUUCGCGAUGUCCAGCUUCGUCACUUUCGAGGCGCUGGAGAAGGACAUAGCUCUGAAACCUCAGGAACGUGUGGAGAAGAGGCAGAAUCCUCUAGCCAAGAAGAAACGGGAAGCACUUACCAAUGGGCUGUCAUACCUUCCUAAAAAGAACAGACUUCACCACCACCAGUACAGCUCCGACCGAGAAAACGAUCGCAACCUCUGUCAGCACCUUGGGAAGCGGAAGAAAAUACCGAAGGGCCUCAGACAGCUCAAGCCAGGUCAAAACAGUUGCCGAGACAGUGACAGUGAAAGCGCCAGUGGGGAGUCGAAAGGUUUCCAUCGAAGCAGCUCUCGGGAAAGACUCAGUGACAGCUCAGCUCCUUCCAGCUUGGGAACAGGCUACUUUUGUGACAGCGACAGUGAUCAAGAAGAAAAGGCAUCUGAUGCCAGCUCUGAAAAACUGUUCAACGCUGUUACAAAUAAAGAUAAAGAGUUAGGAGUCAGCGCGCUAGCUGAAAAUGACGACCCUGGUGCUAGGGGCCCAGCUGUCCCGAAAAUAUCAGGACUAGAGAGGAGUCAAGAGAAGAGCCAGGACAGCAGUAAAGACCCCAUACUUGAGCCUGUGGUGCCUAAAGACCCUUGUCCUCAGGUGACACAGCCUUUGGCCCAGCCGCAGUUGGAGCAGCAGCCUGAGGCUCCCUGCCCCAGCCCUGCGCUCGCCCCGCGGCCGGAGGCCCCUGCCCAGCCGCCGCCACCGCAAGCCACGCAGCUGCCGCCCGCCUCGGAAGAAGCCAACCGCCCGCCCGCACCGCCGCCGGCCGCGCAGCACCCGCCGCGCCCGCAGUCGCCGGUGCAGCCGGCGCAUCCCACGCUCCCCGCGGUGCCGCCUCACCCGGCCUCUCAAGGCCUCUCGCAGCCACUCUCUGCCUAUAACAGCAGCAGCUUGAGCCUCAACAGCUUGAGCAGCAGCAGAAGCAGCACUCCUGCCAAGACUCAGGCCGCUCCUCCACACAUAUCUCACCAUCCCUCAGCCUCACCAUUCCCCCUCUCUUUACCCAGCCACAGCCCGCUGCAUACCUUCACACCCACCCUCCAGCCCCCCGCACACCCACAUCACCCCAAUAUGUUUGCCCCUCCUACGGCUUUGCCUCCUCCACCUCCAUUGACGUCAGGGACACUGCAGGUUCCAGGACACCCAGCUGGUAGUACCUACUCAGAACAAGAUCUCCUCCGUCAGGAACUGAACACGCGAUUUUUGGCCUCGCAGAGUGCAGAUCGCGGAGCCUCCCUGGGCCCCCCACCGUACCUGAGAACCGAGUUCCACCAGCAUCAGCACCAGCACCAGCACACACACCAACACACACACCAGCACACCUUCACGCCUUUCCCUCACGCCAUCCCACCCACUGCCAUCAUGCCAACGCCAGCACCGCCCAUGGUGCGUACCCCAGGCAGAAAUUUUGACAAAUACCCUACAAAAGUUGACCCCUUCUACCGUCACAGUCUGUUUCACUCCUAUCCUCCAGCGGUAUCAGGUAUUCCUCCCAUGAUUCCUCCAACUGGCCCAUUUGGCUCUCUACAAGGAGCAUUUCAACCCAAGACUUCCAACCCUAUUGAUGUUGCAGCCAGACCUGGAACUGUCCCACAUACCCUUCUACAGAAGGAUCCACGGUUGACAGAUCCGUUCAGGCCCAUGUUGAGGAAACCUGGGAAGUGGUGUGCUAUGCACGUUCACAUCGCCUGGCAGAUAUACCAUCACCAACAGAAAGUCAAGAAACAGAUGCAAUCUGAUCCACACAAGCUGGACUUUGGCCUGAAACCUGAAUUUCUGAGCAGGCCACCAGGCCCCAGCCUUUUUGGAGCCAUCCACCACCCCCAUGACCUGGCCCGGCCCUCGACUCUCUUCUCCACAGCCAGUGGGGGUCAUCCAGCUGGCACCCCUUUCGGCCCACCACCUCACCACAGCAACUUCCUCAACCCAGCUGCUCACUUAGAGCCUUUCAAUCGACCGGCUUCCUUCAGCGGGCUGACCGCGGUGGGCAGCAAUGCCUUCGGGGGACUCGGCAACCCGACAGUUACACCCAACUCAAUGUUCGGCCACAAGGAUGGCCCCAGUAUGCAGAGCUUUAGCAACCCUCACGAGCCCUGGAACCGACUGCACCGAACUCCUCCUUCGUUCCCGACCCCUCCGCCCUGGCUGAAGCCAGGAGAGCUGGAGCGCAGUUCAUCUGCUGCAGCUCAUGACAGAGAUAGAGAUGUAGAUAAACGAGACUCAUCUGUUAGUAAAGAUGACAAAGAAAGGGAGAGCAUUGAGAAAAGACACUCCAGCCAUCCUUCGCCAGCACCUAUCCAUCCAGUAAACUCCCUCGGACAUAAUCGCAGCUCAAAUGAGCAGAUCAGGAGCCAUCUGAAUCCCGAGGGCCGAGAAAAAGAGAAACCCAAAGAACGAGAGAGGGAUCACUCCGAAUCGCGGAAGGAAAUCAACGUUGAAGAGCACAAGGUGAAGGACAACUAUAUUUCGGAGAAGGAAGGCCUGAGCCAUGAAAGCCGAGUGGUGGAAGAAUCUAAGCAAAUGCCCAGGGUUCCUUCACCCUAUGCUAGGCUCCCUGUUGUGGAGAGCACCAGGCCUAACAGUACUUCAAACCGUGAGGCCGAGAGGAAGACCGAGCCGGCGUACGAUAACCCGAAGAAAAGCAACGAAGUCAAAGUGAAGGAGGAGCGAAAGGAAGACCAUGACGUGCAGCCUGAGGGACCUCAGACUCAUAGGUCAUCUGAUCAGCCACCACCUAUAUCUACAUCUAAUGUCCAUCCAAGUCCUUUAGUGUCUAUGCCCAUGACUGUAGGUGUGACUGGCAUACAUCACAUGAACAGCAUCAGUGGCCUGGACAGGACUCGCAUGAUGACCCCUUUUAUGGGAAUUAGCCCGAUUCCUGGUGGAGAACGUUUCCCCUAUCCUUCCUUCCACUGGGAUCCAAUGAGAGAUCCCUUAAGAGAUCCAUACCGAGAGCUAGAUAUUCAUCGGAGAGACCCCCUGGGCAGAGACUUUUUGCUAAGGAAUGACCCCCUUCAUCGUCUUUCUACGCCAAGAUUAUAUGAAGCAGACAGGUCAUUCAGGGAUCGAGAACCCCACGACUACAAUCACCACCACCAUCACCACCACCCUCUCUCUGUUGACCCUCGCCGCGAGCAUGAGAGGGGCAACCACCUGGAUGAGAGGGAGCGGUUGCACAUGCUCAGAGAGGACUACGAACACGCACGCCUGCACUCAGUUCACCCUGCCGCCUUGGAUGGGCACCUGCCUCACCCAAGCCUCAUCACGCCAGGACUUCCUAGCAUGCACUACCCCAGAGUCAGUCCCCCGACGGGACACCAAAACGGCAUCCUCAAUAAAACGCCCCCUACAGCAGCUCUCAGUGCCCCUCCACCUCUUAUUUCUACCCUGGGACCUCGGCCUGGGUCUCCCAGAAGGACUACUCCUCUGUCAACAGAGAUGAGAGAGAGGCCUCCUUCUCACACCCUCAAGGAUAUCGAAGCUCGAUAAGCAGAGCGAGACUAAACAAAAACCAGAGCGAGAGGGACAGAGCAUUGUAAAUGCACAUAACCUAAGGACCUUCUUACUAGUCGUUGAUACAGACUGGGGAUGUGACCCACUGUACCAUAUGUACAGACCUGAGUGCAAAGAUUUUGAAAUGGGUUUUUUUUGUAUAUUCUAUGUUGAAAUUUUCCAGAUCUUUUAGCCAAGUUCCAUAUGUUCCUCGUGUCUCCUACUCUAUUUUAUUUCUAGCUUAAAAGAAAAUGUCAAACUUUGAACUGAAGAACAAGACAUCAACCUGAACGCUUUGACCAGAAACAAACCACCACCAAUGUCAACCAUACAAAAAAAGCUCUUUCAGACCUUGAAGUGAAGACAAUUGUAGAUAUUUAUGUAAAAAAGGUUGCUUCAUGGGUUAAUGGUUCAUAUAUGCAAAAAGGGUAAGAUGAAAGCUUUACUUUGUACAAAUGUAAAUAGAUAAAAUUAAGUAACAUAAUACAUUAAUACUUCUUAAACUGUGCUAUUUGCAAACUUAAUAUUGAUCAACACAGUCUGCUUAUGCUGUGUUACAUAUAUUGUUAUAGACAGCUAAACCCCUUCAACUAUGCAAUGAAUUCUAAGGCUUUUCACAAAAGCCUUUAUAACUCAAAGGAGCCUUUUUUUCAACACCCAACAUAACUAAAGUCAUAUUUUCCCUGAACGAGCUCAUCUAUAAUAGCAGCCCUACUUCUCUCGCUUGUUUUGAUGAAGCAGCAGCCCAUUAGAAGCGUAGCUUCCCGUCCGAACCCCCGCAUCCAGGCGCUGAUGUUACUGUAGCUCAUGUAUCCCUUUAGGCCGCGUCAGGGUUAGCGAUCCGCGCUCGCUGGUACUCGGAGUCGUGACAGAUUGGUUCUCAGUCACAUUAAUCUGGGGUAAAAACAGAGUAAUAAUCAAAUGCUGGAUAUUUUCCAGAGCUCAUUGCUUAACGUGUCAAAUCUAUUCUUGAAAGAACAUCUGCUUAUAGCCAUUCAUGUCUGGGUUUAUUGCCAGUGUGUCAUUUUUAUCUGCACACACACUUUCUUUUUUUCUCUUUUUUUUUUCCCUCUCUUUUUUUUUCUCUUUCCUAUUUUUUUCCUCUAUUUUCCCCUUUUUUUCCCUCUUUUUUUUCCUUUUUUUUUCUUUUUUUUUUUGGUGUGUUAAGUGGAUUUUUAGCUGCAUUGAAACCAAUCCUACAAGAAAGCUACUACUUUUCUAAACGAUGGAUAUGUUUUCACUGUGGAUCAGUAGUUUUUAAUGAAUGACCUCCGGUGCAGAUUUCAUAAUGCAAUUUAUUGUAUUUCAGUUGGUAAUAAAGUCUAUGAAUAGCUAACAGGUCAGCCUUGUUGUUCCCUAAUCGUAGAAGACAAUGAAAUAAGAUGAAGAACGUGGUCCUUUAAAAAACAAAAAGCAUCAAUCCUCAGCCUUGGUGUACCCUUAUCAUAGAAGACAUGAAAUAAGAAGCCCUUAUCAUAGAAGACAUGAAAUAACAAGAAGAACAUGGUCCUUUAAAAAAAUGUAUAUGCAUCAAUCUUCUGGAAUCUUGUCUUUUUCAUACCACACUUUUUUAUAUAAUACCUAGAGUUUCUUGUCUAAAUAUUUGGAGAGAAUAUGACUUUAUCAGAGAGAAUUCAAUACCUUGUCUACUGGACUGUAAAAUAUAUGUAUGAAAUAAAAUUAGUUCCAUUGGUCUUCUAGUGUAUGAAAGUGCUAUCUGAAGUUGUUAUCCUGUUUUGGAAAAAAAGCAAAACAAAACAAAACAAAAAAAAACCCCAAACAAACAAAUUUAAAAAAAAAAGAAAAUAAAAAAGGGGAAAAAAAGAAAAAAAAAAAAAAAGAAAAAAAAAUAAAAAAAGGAAAAAAAAAGAAAAAAAAAAGGAAAAAGGUUACCUACAGACAGUUGUUUCUAAUGAUCAGAGAUCUAUUUUAGUAGUCAACUGAAGGUUUAGUUGUGAGCUUCAGAUUUUGUGAACUCCAGAUGUUGUGCAGUGGUUUUUGGUUUGUUUUUUUUUUUUCUUUUUUAAUUUUUUUUCUUUCUUUCUUUCUUUUUUUUUUUUAAAGAACAAAAGGAAAAUUACAUACAAAACAAAACAAAAAAAAACCCCAAACCCCAGCCCUGAAGAACUAUGUACACUGGAACCGUAGUGGUAGCUUUCAGUAUUGUAAAGAGAUUGUUAUAUACAAAACCUUUUUGCUGUUUAUCCUGUAUGUAAUAAAGUCCUUUCUAGAUCCUAUGUGAAAAGAAAAAGUGAAGCGGCUCUCAAUCUUCAGCAUGUUUCCUCAUCAGCGAAGACUUGUGUAAUGUAAAUUGUGCCAUGUUAUUAAAAAAUGUGAACUAAA